GAAUCUGGAGAAAACCAUGUGAGAGCCUUUUCUACCGCAAAGGGCAGCUCUAGCGGAGUUCCUGGCCCAGCUGGUUAAGGACGCCGGUUCCCAUUAGGUGCCCACUUGCACACGGCACGGGAGGGGGCCCUUGAUUCCUCCUAGCAGAUGGUGGCUGGGAUGGUGCCUUCCUGGUGGGGGUUGCCCCUCCUCUGUCAACUUGUCCAUCACCAAGGAUCCGAGAAGCACCAGAUGCUUUAAAAUUACAACAGGACCUGUAAAAUUACAAAAUAAUUUUGCUAAGGAUGCUGACACGUGUGUCCUGGGGACCAGGACCAUCCCCAACACCCUUCCGUGUGCCUAGUGAGUCGUCCCUCCUCCUGUGGCAGGACAUCGAGGGACCCUUCUCACACGGACCCACUGGGGUCCUCGGUGAAUUUUGUCAUGGUUAUUUAAGGAACCUCGCCUAGAAGUCCCAACACGCAUUUCCCCAUCGACGGGAAGGCUUGGACUCCAAGAUGAUUAUAAAGGAAUAUCGGAUUCCUCUGCCCAUGACCGUGGAGGAGUACCGCAUCGCCCAGCUGUACAUGAUACAGAAGAAGAGCCGGAACGAGACAUAUGGCGAGGGCAGCGGCGUGGAGAUCUUGGAGAACCGGCCAUACACAGAUGGCCCUGGCGGCUCUGGGCAGUACACACACAAGGUGUACCACGUGGGCAUGCACAUCCCCAGCUGGUUCCGCUCCAUCCUGCCCAAGGCAGCCCUGAGGGUGGUUGAGGAGUCUUGGAACGCCUACCCCUACACCCGAACCAGGUUCACUUGCCCCUUUGUGGAGAAAUUCUCCAUUGACAUCGAAACCUUUUAUAAAACGGAUGCUGGAGAAAACCCGAACGUGUUCAGCUUGUCUCCUGUGGAGAAGAACCAGCUGACAAUCGACUUCAUCGACAUUGUCAAGGACCCCGUGCCCCCCAACGAGUAUAAGACAGAAGAGGACCCCAAGCUAUUCCGCUCGAUCAAGACGCAGCGGGGGCCCCUGUCUGACAACUGGAUCGAGGAGUACAAACAGCAGGUUUUCCCCAUCAUGUGUGCCUACAAGCUCUGCAAGGUGGAGUUUCGCUACUGGGGCAUGCAGUCCAAGAUCGAGAGGUUCAUCCAUGACACCGGCCUGCGGAAGGUGAUGGUGAGGGCCCACCGGCAGGCCUGGUGCUGGCAGGAUGAGUGGUACGGGCUGAACAUGGAGAACAUCCGGGAGCUGGAGAAGGAGGCGCAGCUCAUGCUUUCCCGCAAGAUGGCCCAGUUCAACGAAGAUGACGAGGAGGCUGCAGAGCUGGCCAAGGACGAAGCCAGCCAGGCCCAGGUCCCCGGGGAGGCCCCCCAGCCCAGCAGCAGCGGCGGGGAGCCCUUGGCAGGCCGGGGCCUCAAGAAACAGUGGUCCACGUCCUCCAAGUCCUCGCGGUCUUCCACGCGGGGGGCCAGCCCUUCCCGCCACAGCAUCUCCGAGUGGAGGAUGCAGAGUAUCGCCCGGGACUCAGACGAGAGCUCAGACGAAGAGUAUUUUGACGCUCACGAGGACCUGUCCGACUCAGAGGAAAUAUUCCCCAAGGACAUCACCAAGUGGAACUCCAAUGACCUCAUGGACAAAAUUGAAAGCCCUGAGCCGGAGGAUACACAGGACAGUCUCUAUCGCCAGAGCGCCCCUGAAUUCAGAGUGGCCUCCAGUGUGGAGCAGCUGAACAUCAUCGAGGACGAGGUCAACCCACCCCUGGCCGCGCCGGCCUCCAAGAUCCACGUACUGCUGCUGGUGCUGCACGGAGGCACCAUCCUGGACACGGGCGCUGGGGACCCCAGCUCCAAGCAGGGUGACACCAACACCAUCGCCACCGUGUUCGACACUGUCAUGCGCGUGCACUACCCCAGCGCCCUGGGCCACCUUGCCAUCCGCCUGGUGCCCUGCCCACCCAUCUGCUCUGAUGCCUUUGCCCUAGUCUCCAACCUUAGCCCUUACAGCCACGAUGAAGGCUGUCUGUCCAGCAGCCAGGACCACAUCCCCCUGGCUGCCCUGCCCCUGCUGGCCACGUCCUCACCCCAGUACCAGGAGGCGAUCGCCACGGUGAUUCAGCGGGCCAACCUUGCCUAUGGGGACUUCAUCAAGUCCCAGGAGGGCAUGACCUUCAACGGGCAGGUCUGCCUGAUCGGGGACUGUGUCGGGGGCAUCCUGGCGUUCGAUGCCUUAUGCCAGAGCAGCCAGCCAGUAUCUGAGAGCCAGAGCAGCAGCCGCCGGGGCAGCGUGGCCAGCGUGCAGGACACUGACCUGCUGUCCCCCGGCACCCUGGUCAAUGUGGCACAUGGCGGCAGUGGCAGUGGUGGCCUGGAGAGCAGUCGGCACCUGAGCCGCAGCAACAUUGAUAUCCCCCGAAGCAAUGGUGUCGAAGACCCCAAAAGGCAGUUGCCCCGAAAGAGGAGUGACUCAUCCACCUACGAGCUGGAUACCAUCCAGCAGCACCAGGCCUUCCUGUCCAGCCUCCAUGCCAGCGUGCUGAGGAAUGAGCCCAGCUCCCGCCGUUCGAGCAGCUCCACCAUGCUGGAUGGCACAGGGGCUGUGGGGAAGUUCGACUUUGAGAUCGCAGACCUUUUCCUCUUCGGGUGCCCGCUGGGGCUCGUCCUGGCCUUGAGGAAGACUGUCAUCCCUGCCCUGGAUGUUUUCCAGCUGCGGCCGGCCUGCCAGCAAGUCUACAACCUCUUCCACCCCGCGGACCCGUCCGCCUCCCGCCUGGAGCCGCUGCUGGAGCGGAGAUUCCACGCCCUGCCGCCGUUCAGCAUCCCCCGCUACCAGCGCUACCCGCUGGGGGACGGCUGCUCCGCGCUGCUGGUCGAGACAGUGCAGAGAAACCCCGAGCUGGUCCUGGAGGGUGGGCCCCUGGCCCCUCUCCCCCCCGGGGACAGCUUCCUGGAAACCAGUAUCCCCGUUCCCGCGCUCACCUGGCAAGACGGGCCCCGCCCGAGCCCGGGCUGUGCUGAGUCAGACGCACUCCAGACCCACAGCACAGUCUUUCAAGAGCACACGGCCCCGUCCUCGCCCGGUGCAGCCCCCACCAGCCGAGGCUUCCGCCGAGCCAGUGAGAUCAGCAUUGCCAGCCAGGUGUCGGGCAUGGCCGAGAGCUACACAGCGUCCAGCAUCGCCCAGAAGGCCCCGGCGUCACUCAGCCAUACCCCCAGCGUCAGGCACCUGUCUCUGCUCGCCCUGCCCCCCCCGCCCCCCACUACCCCGGGCCCCCCCCCGCAGGCCGGGCAGGCGAGCCCCAGCCUGGAGCGGGCCCCCCGCCCCCCUGACUUGGACGCCAGAGAAGUUGCAGCAAGGUGGUGGGGCCAGAAGCGGAUCGACUACGCCUUGUACUGCCCCGACGCUCUGACGGCCUUCCCCACCGUGGCCCUGCCACACCUCUUCCACGCCAGCUACUGGGAGUCAACGGAUGUGGUCUCCUUCCUGCUGAGACAGGUCAUGAGGCAUGACAACUCGAGCAUCUUGGAGCUGGACGGCAAGGAGGUUUCGGUGUUCACCCCCUCAAAGCCGAGAGAGAAGUGGCAGCGCAAGAGGACUCAUGUGAAGCUUCGGAACGUGACCGCCAACCACCGGAUCAAUGAUGCAGUCGCCAACGAGGAUGGCCCGCAAGUUCUGACGGGCCGGUUCAUGUACGGGCCCCUGGACAUGGUCACUCUGACUGGGGAGAAGGUGGACGUGCACAUCAUGAUGCAACCGCCCUCGGGCGAGUGGCUGUACCUGGACACGCUGGUGACCAACAGCAGCGGGCGGGUCUCCUACACCAUCCCCGAGACCCACCGCCUGGGUGUGGGCGUCUACCCCAUCAAGAUGGUGGUCAGGGGAGACCACACGUUUGCGGACAGCUACAUCACCGUGCUGCCCAAGGGCACGGAGUUUGUGGUCUUCAGUAUCGACGGCUCCUUUGCUGCCAGUGUGUCCAUCAUGGGCAGCGACCCCAAAGUGCGGGCCGGGGCCGUGGACGUGGUGCGGCACUGGCAGGACCUGGGCUACCUCAUCAUCUAUGUGACGGGCCGGCCUGACAUGCAGAAGCAGCGGGUGGUGGCGUGGCUGGCCCAGCACAACUUCCCCCACGGCGUGGUGUCCUUCUGUGACGGCCUGGUGCACGACCCGCUGCGGCACAAGGCCAACUUCCUGAAGCUGCUCAUCUCCGAGCUGCACCUGCGCGUGCACGCGGCCUACGGCUCCACCAAGGACGUGGCGGUCUACAGCUCCAUCAGCCUGUCCCCCAUGCAGAUCUACAUCGUGGGCCGGCCCACCAAGAAGCUGCAGCAGCAGUGCCAGUUCAUCACGGACGGCUACGCAGCUCACCUGGCCCAGCUCAAGUACAACCACCGGGCGCGGCCGGCCCGCAAUGCAGCCACCCGCAUGGCGCUGCGAAAAGGCAGCUUUGGCCUGCCGGGCCAGGGCGACUUCCUGCGCUCCCGGAACCACCUGCUCCGCACCAUCUCGGCCCAGCCCAGCGGGCCCGGCCACCGGCACGAUCGGACGCAGAGCCAGGCGGACGGGGAGCAGCGGGGACAGCGCAGCAUGAGCGUAGCCGCGGGCUGCUGGGGCCGCACCAUGACCGGCCGGCCUGAGCCUGGGGCAGCCGCGGGCCCCAAGUAGGACACCGUGAGUGAGGCGCUGUGGUCUCCAUGGUGCUAGGCCGGGGCGGCCAGCCCUGCCAGGAGGCCUGGCCUGGGCACACAAUGUCGGCUGGAGACAAGCUUGUCCCCAGGACCUGGCGGAGGACACAGGCCGUGCCACACAGCCCUCCCAGCCCUGCCUCGUGUCCUAGGGUCUGAGGGGUUCCAGCUCGCAGGAGGACCUGUCCCAGGAUGACAGAGGGACCAGGACUCCCCACGCGGACUGGCCCGGAAGGCACUCCUAGACAUUUGCCCUGCAUUGACCUCCCAGCGUCCCGACGCCAGGCCUGGACCCGGGCCCAGCCCGCCACCUCCCAUCCACUAGCUCACCCUGACCCCCAGGUCCUCUCCCACUCGGUAGCAGUUCCGACGGGGGACAGCCUGCUUCUUGUUAACUCGAGUUACUCAACUGUUCAACCUCACUGGUUUUGCACUGAUUUUUGAGAGUGGAGAUCCAUUACCAUCUCCUGUGGCCACGGACAUGCAUGAAAAGCCGACAUUCGCUAUCUGGGACCUCUUGCCGCACAGAAGGCUCCAGGGCGGCAAAUCCUUGUGCAAGCAGGAGAGAAAGGCCAUAUCUUAAUUUCUGCAGCUCCGCCUGGCCCGCCAGCGCUGUGGCAGCCCCGGACCCCUGCCUACCUGUCCACUCGCCCCACCUGGAACCCAGUCCAGCGGCGAGGCUGGGGAGGCCCAGAGCCGGCUCCCGAGAAGCCACGCCUCGGGCUCCUGGGCCUGGCCCGGCCGGCCUCCUCCGCCACCCCUCGCCUGCCGUCAGUCAAGGCCACGUGCCUCGGCUCUCCCGUUUCUACACCUUUCUACUUCUCCAAUCUGAUUUCUAUGAGGUUUUUUUAAAUGAGCAAUCCUUGGCUGCUUCCUUUUCUUAACUCUUUCAGUACCAAGCGCAGCCCCUCCACACGAAAACACCCAGCACUGUGACGGAGUCCAGCCUGGUUCUGGGUCCCGGGGCCCUGUCCCCCACCCCCGCCCAUACAGUGGGGCGUGGGGUCCCCGCCUCACCUGACCCCCCAUUAAUUCCACUGAAUUUCUACUCUGGGGUGAGUGGGGCGCACACUUAAGUUUUUUUUUAUGCCAAUUCCGUUUUGAUGCCGAAUCUAAGAAGCCACAACUUGCUUCGUUAGCUUAAGGGCAGGCAGCCACGACGCCAUUCCCCUCUUGGUAAGGACCGCGCUGUCCGGCACGCUGGGUCCGAGCAUCAGCCCUCCCUCCCCAGAAAUGACCAUGAUCUCAGCUGUGGCGCUCGGCUCCGGGCGGCCCUUCUGCUGCUUCUCCACCUUCUGCGUAAGGCGGGGGAGCCUGCCUGGCCAGGCUCCAACUCUGAGAAGCUGCUGCCAACCUGGACACGGCCUCAGGGCCUCAUGGGCUGGGACGGGGAGGCACACCGAUUGAUGUUAACAUUCUCCCGUGUGUAGAUAUGUACAGCCAAAGGGUCGUGUAAAUGUUCCACGAAAGUGGGUUUAUACAGAGUGAGAGCUAUUUAUUUUGUGCAGAGAAAAAUUUCUGGAGGGAUAGGACCUUCAGGGUUUGUUCAUAUUUAAGAUGUAGCUUUUUGUUUUUGUUUCAGGCGUUAUGUAUAAAGCAGCGAUUAUUUUAUGGACCAAGUUUUAAUGUAAGUGUUGCAAUGGAAGUGCAAUACCUGACCCCCCCCCCGCUCCCCGCGGGGGGGGGGAAAGGGGGGAACCGCUUGGCCUGACAAUCACAGCCCCGCGGGGGGGGCCCCCCCCCCCCGUGGCCAGUGCCUCCUCCUCUGUCGGUCCCACCUCACCCCAUCUUGCCUACCACCUGGGUGACCAGCCAUCCGGAGAAGCGCCUGGAAGAGUCUCGGGCCCGCCUGCAAUAAAGGCUGGGCGGCCUCCUGGCCCGGGGAGGCCAUGUGGGCAGUGGGUCCGGCCGCUCCCAGCGGGCAGCUCCCCCAAGCUCCGCACUCCCCGCCCACCUGCCCAGCUGCCAGCCAUGCCAAGGACAACAGCAAUAGUCCCCUGGGCCUCCCCCAGCGGCCCUUAGCCAUAGAUGGUGAGAUGGGCAGCCCACCCUCCCCGUUGACGUCUCUCUUCUAUAUCCAGGUCUGCUUCCUGCCUCCCUAAAGAUUCCUUUUGGCACAGUCUCUUCUUACGGAAGCACCAGUUUUUCAGAAACUAAGAGGGAGGGCAGAGUCCUUUAAAAAAUACCAAAAAUGUUUACAGCGUUGGGUGCUGAGCUGCAGGGCUCAGGCCUGACCAGUCGUAACCAAAGGGUGAGGCAGGCCUUGCUGACUGCCACCCCCACCCCAGGCCUGUUAGAGUAGAAGCCUUAGUCCCACUCCCAGCCCCAACCCCAAGACUGAGCCUCAGCCCACCACCCCAGAUCCAACCACCUGCCUUCUCUUUGAUUUCUAAAGAGGGAUUCAGCAGAGACCCCACCCCCAACUUUCCCAGCUCGGUCUGAGCUGCCCGCCCACCUGCCCUGUUGCAGUCUUCGAGUCUGGGCCCCUCCUGUCUCUCUGUCUGGGCCAUGUGUGAGCAGUGUCCUGACUCGCCCAUCCGCCCUUGCUACCCCUGCACCUUCGGGCCUGAGUGUGCUCUGUAUACAGUGUCAUUGUCUGUUACACCAAUUAAAGAAGCACGAA